GCAUUUGCGUUGUUGCUUUGCGGCGCUUUCCGCGGGGAACUGUGAGGGGUGGGGAAACUUUGAAAGUUGGAUGCUACAGACCCGUUCUUUUCAGGGUCCUUUUCCUGCUGCAUCUGCAUCAGGUCCUUAGGCAUGGGUAGCAAGAAACUCAGACGAGUGGGAUUACCACAAGAGCUGUGUGACCGUCUGAACAGAUAUCAGAUUGUUACCUGUCAGGACUUUUUAUGUCUUUCCCCACUGGAGCUUAUGAAGAUGACCGGCCUUAGUUAUAGAGGUGUCCAUGAACUUCUAUGUAUGGUCAGCAGGGCCUGUGCCCCACAGAUGCAAACGGCUUAUGGGAUGAAGAUGCAGACAUCUGCUUCUCUCUCCCCAGCGUUCUUAGCCACAACCCUUUCUGCAUUGGAUGAAGCCCUGCAUGGUGGUGUGGCUUGUGGAUCCCUCACAGAGAUUACAGGCCCACCAGGUUGUGGAAAAACUCAGUUUUGUAUAAUGAUGAGCAUUUUGGCCACGUUACCCACCAACAUGGGAGGAUUAGAAGGAGCUGUUGUGUACGUCGACACAGAGUCAGCAUUUAGUGCUGAAAGACUGGUUGAGAUAGCAGAAUCUCGUUUCCCCAGAUAUUUUGACACUGAAGAAAAAUUGCUUUUGACAAGCAGUAAGGUUCAUCUUUAUCGGGAACUCAGCUGUGAUGAAGUUCUACAAAGGAUUGAAUCUUUGGAAGAAGAAAUUAUUUCAAAGGGAGUUAAACUUGUAAUUAUUGACUCUGUUGCUUCUGUGGUAAGAAAGGAGUUUGAUACACAACUUCACGGCAACCUGAGAGAAAGAAACAAGUUCUUGGCAAGAGAAGCAUCCUCCUUGAAGUAUUUGGCUGAGGAAUUUUCAAUCCCGGUUAUCUUGACGAAUCAAAUUACUACGCAUCUAAGCGGAGCUCUAGCUUCUCAGGCAGACCUGGUGUCUCCAGCUGAUGAUUUGUCCCUGUCUGAAGGCACUUCUGGAUCCAGCUGUGUGACAGCUGCCCUAGGAAACACCUGGAGUCACAGUGUGAAUACCCGUCUGAUUCUCCAGUCCCUUGGUUCAGACAGAAGACAGAUUCUCAUCGCCAAGUCCCCUCUGGCUCCCUUCACCUCAUUUGCCUACACCAUCGAGAAGGAAGGCCUGGUUCUUCAAGUUUUUCACAGGCCAAGAGGAACUUGUCUUCACUCCCCUCCAGGAAACAAAGAACCAACAGCCAGAUUACCUUUCGAAGAUGGACCACACCUCUUUCUUGGGACCAAGUGGAGAGCCAGUCAUGUCAACAUGGACAUGAGUGAGCCUUGUCACCAGCUACAAGUGAAAGCUUUUGUCUUGACCCUUGAGUCAUAAUCCGAUGGGACAUUUUGCAGAGCAGAUGGAUGUGGUGGGCUAAAUGGCAGCCCCAGAAGACAUGUCUACAUCCCAACCCUUGAAACUUGUGAAUUUGACUGUCUUUGGACUAGGGUCUUUACAGAUAUAAUUAAGUUAAAGAUCUUGAGAUAAGAUCAUCCUGGAUUACUCAGGUGGGCUCUAACUCCAAUGACAAGUGUCCUUAUAAGAGACACGCAAAGGGAGAGACACAGGAAAAAGAGGCCAUUUGAGCACAGAGGUGGAGACUGGAAUCAUGCAGCCCCAAGCUGAGGAAUGGUUGGAGCCACCAGACAGAAGAAGCAGGGACAUGUUCUCCUCGAGAGCCUUUGAGGGGAGCAUGGCCCUGCCAACAUCUUGGUUUUGGACUUCUGGCUUCCAAAGCUGUGGUGGAAUAAAUUUCUGUUGUUUUCCAACACCGGGUUGGUGACAAUUUGUUGCGGCCACUUUAGGAAACUAAUACGAUGGGGCUUCAGGAAGAGAUGAUGUGACAGGAAAGAGAGAGAAUCUAGAAAACCAUGCCCAGUGCCCAGAUUUGCUGCUGGAGUCUGAGGAAAACUUUGUCAGCUCUGGGCUACAGGUCUGUUUCCUCCUGAGAUCCUUGUGGAUUCACAUGGCUCAUGGCUGAGAGCGAGACCCACAGCUCACUUGAGGAUGCUACUCAGGAUCUGAGGAGGUCAGGUGAGAGCCUCACACUAUUUGAAAUGGUGGUUAAUAGUAGUGACCAUAUUCUAUAGAACGUUUAAUACCGACUAUGUGAUUUACAUACAUUAUUAUCUCAUUUGAUUCUCAAAACAAUUCGACGAGUUUGGUAUUCUCAUCCGCAUCUUACAGAUGAGUAAUCUGAGGCUCUGAGAGGUCACGUAGCCUAUUCAAGGUCAUCCGGGGAACGAUGGCGAUACCAGACCUGUGCUGAAUCCACAGCAUUACAGAAGAUUCCAGACUCACGAAGACGGUUGUUCGGGUGCCCCUCCGUGCCCAGCUGGCUAAUGAGAACGGUUUGUUUAUUUUCUAAAUAUUAGCGCCAUUGACAGUACAGUUUGGGUGAGGAUCUGGUUAGAUCCUGCUAAUAGCAGAUGGACAGCAAAACAUUCACAUUCCAGGAAAAUCUAGUCCCAACUGAUACUGAUCAAGAUCCUCUCAGCCCCCAGGCUCCCAGCCUUUCUCCCACCUCGGCCAUGGGCCCGGGGUGGGGGGCGGCAGAAUGAAACCCCUACUCAACGGGCCUCUCCCGUGUGACCCGUGUGAGACGCUGGACAGUCCACAAACAGCCCAUCCAGCUAACUCCCCCGCCCACCACCACCACCAGGAGAAGAGAGAGGAAGCUGGUUGGAGAGCAAGGCUCUGCUCAAACCCAUCUGUCUGCCCAGGACGGACACUGUCUGGGGCCCCGUCUCCGGCAGGAUGGGCUCAGGCAGGCCUGACACCUGGAGUCUUGUGCCUUUCCCGGAGUCCUGGAGUUUGGGAGAGAUCUGCACUGAUCUCCCUGUGGCUGCUGCUUCGGCUGGGGCGGGGCUAGCGGGACAGCUUCUUCCCGGGCCUUCCAGCGUCCUGAGUUGGAGGCAGUGCAGGAGCAGGGAGGUGACCGAGGGGCCUGCCAGAUUUCCUCCCACGCAGACCUCAGUGCAAGAUAAAGUCAGGCGAGGCUGUGCCACAGGACAACAGCAUAAUAAAUCCCCUCCGGCCUCCUCCCGGCCUCAUUGUUCUAGGGCCGCAGUUGUUUUGAGUAUGAUCAAAAGGAAGGAAGAGCACUGUGCUAUCAGGCUGGGGAAGAAGGAUGCUCUCCUGACCGCUCCUGUUGCCCUUGGCCGCCCUCAUUUUAAAUAUGAGGAAACCGAAGGGCAGCAUGCAGCCUAACCCCUCACACAGGGAGGCUCAGCGCGCCGCUCUGAGGCCCCCUGGACCUCUGGUGAGGUGGCAAUCCUGCCCAGACUCGCUGACAGCCACCUGGGUCCCACAGGCCUUGUCCUUUCACCCUGGGCAGGGGGCUGGGAGGCCCAGGCUCAGGGUCAGCGCGGGGGUGAGAAGCGUGCUGGAAGUGGGCCCCGGAGUGGCUGCUCAGCUGUUGUUUACCCCUUGGGCUGAGAACCAAGGCCAGAAGGCCACAGCCAUUGGAAAUAAUAGGCCCUAAAAGGAACUUCCCGAAUUUGGCUGGCCUGGUGCCUGUGGCUCAAGACAGCGAAUAGCUCGGGUUCUUGGGAAGCUGGCGUCUGCGGGCCUCGAGGCCUCUCCGACACGGAGCCAGGUCCAGACAUGGGCGCAGGUGGCGCACAUCUCAGUCCCCACAGCUGGAUUCCUGCAGGGAGCUGGGGCAGAAAGCUACAGGGGCCUAGGGGCGGGAAGGGCGGAGCUGAGCGUUCCUCCCGAACGGUGCGGGCUGAGGGAGUCCUUUGCCUCUCUCCAACGGCUGCCCUGCCCGACGCCCAGAGUCUGAUUCACCAGGUGCCCAGCUGCGGUGGCCCGGUCACCUUUGUCUGGGCUGGAGGCCACGUCUGAGCCAUCAAAGGCGCCUCAAUGGGGGAGGAUGUCAAUGUGCUUCCUCAACCAGAAAGGUGGUUUGAGUUCGGCCAAAGCAGCCCAAGCAAACAAGCAGAAGCCUGUCAAUGGAAGGAUGGGGGCUGCUGGGAGAUCACAGGACAGCAAACUGAGAACCAUUAUCAGUCUCGUCCCAGCCUGAAGGAGGGAGAGCCUUUGAAGACACAGACAGGCUGAACAGAACUUUCCACCUGAGAGGCACUGGAGAUGGGAGGUCAGGCUGCACACAGCCCCCAGGAGAACUGAUCAAAGCCUGCUGCAGGCGGUGGGCGGGGGGUGGGGGGCACACAGCUGCAGCCCUGCUCCCCCCCCACCCACGGGUCGCCCAGGGCUUUCUGGAGGCAAGCAGGCUGCCCUUGCGGGGGCCUGUGGGAAAACCCAGCACGGGGGCACGGUGCGGCCAGCCCCCCAGUGCUGCUGGGCCGGGGAAACUAACCCCCCCAGUCGUCCUGAAAAGAACAGGGAGGGAAUCAAAGCCCAGGGCAAAUGCUAGGACCACCCACCUGAUGAGUGCCUACCUUUCGGGGAAACAAUAACUCCUGGCUUCCCUAGCACACUUCUGAAAGAGCAAACAGACUGAACAGGCCACCUCCAAACUCUGUGCCCCCUGCAGUCUGGGGGACGCCCAGCCCCUCGGAAGCUGAAGUUCCUACAUGUUGGCCUCUCAGUGCCUAUUCGGGGCUUCCUUGUGUCCACUCUCCUCCCUGGCAACCUGAGAAACAGCAAGAAGCCUCAUUCAGGGCACAACAGGGUCCCGUGUGGACAGCUUAGUGCACUUCUCUCAGACUGUACGGUGGUAUCUGCCAGGGAACAUUCUAGGGUCAUCCUCCAUGCUGUUUCCGGGGAGUGAAGGAAUCUGUGAAAAGACCCUGCCUUGAGUGCUGUGUUGGUGCUGCCUGGACUGGACAACCUCAGCCCACCCUGAUGGCCUCGUGCCCCUCCCCCCGCCUGCAGCUCACCUUCCCAGGAAACCGUGAAGUGGGUGCAGCAGAGCAAAGCCAUUUCCACUGUGCUCUCCUUCUCAAAGGGAUGGGAAAGUUCUUUUCUUCUUCUUCCUGGGAAUGGGUUUGAAGGGAGGGUGGAGGGGGAUACUAAUGAGGAGGCCUGGGAGGUAUUUUGGUAGAGGGGGAAUGUGUCGAGGAAAUGGGUUGCCCAGCAGGGCUGGGGAGAACUGAGAUGAGAACUUUCCAGAACUGCUGGUUUAACCAGCUGGCAUUCUUUCCAAAAUGGAUGAACAGGGACUAGACGAAGGGCCUCAGGGUAGACUAGACAGAAAUGAAGGUAGAGGCAUUUCCUCUCCCACUACUUCAGAGACCAAGAGAGGGUGGGCGGCUGGAAAUUACUGACCUGCCACCCACUACUCGCUGUGAGAUUUAGAUCUUUUUAUUACUUUGCCCAAAGAGAUGGACGGGAUUAUCUCCAUUUUACAGGUGAUGAAACAGAGAUUCCAAGAAGUGACCAAGGCUCUCCAAGGACCACACAGAGCUGCCAAGCUGGAGCUCAGUCCUCAGGAGGCCUGGCUCCAAAGUCCACAACCUUCCCCCUCUUCCCAGGCCUGCCCUGCCUCUCGGGGCUCGGCAUAUAUUAGUAGAUGCUUCGUAAAUAUUUGUUAAAUUGAACUGAACUGAGCAGCUGAAUACACGCAGGCCGCUUUCACCCUGACUGAGAGGAAUCCUUUGAGGGUCCAGGCUAUGGAAAGAAAUUCUCUGAGGCACCAAAUAAAAUCCUUCUCUGAGGUGCAAGGAGGUCUUUUUUGAAAUUAAUACCUAAUAAAGUUUACACAGA